GCAACUCUAGAGCAGUGCAGUCAUCGCCACAUAAUAAUCGCCUCUUGGAGAAGAUUUGCUUUUCUAGCACAGUCAAAAUCGUAAACAUUUUGUAAAACUAUGGCGAAUUUCAUGCAAAAUAGUGUUGUGAGCUAUGCCUGCACCUGUGGCCUUGUAAAUCCAAUAACGAAACUAUUUUUCUGUCGUCACUGCUUGAAGCUGAGGUGUGGUUUCUGUGUCUGCCAUGAAGUGGACUCACAUUUCUGUUCCAAUUGUUUGGAAAACAUACCGUCAUCGGAGGCAAAACAUAAAAAGAAUUGCUGCACCAAUUGUUUCAAUUGUCCCUGCUGUCAACAUACUUUAUCUGCGCGAGCCACAAUGGUCGUGGUACCGAAGAAAACGGAUGACUCUCCAAAGGAGGGCGAAGGUGAUGGCGUUAAGGCCGUAACGAAGAAAAUGUACUAUCUCUCUUGUUUGGGUUGCCGUUGGACAUCGCGCGACGUCGGCAUACCUGAUCAGAAUGUUGCGACUGGUGCAUGGCCGGAAAACGAAUGUUCAUACCAGACGCGUUUUAAUGCAUUGUUGGAAUAUUAUCAGGCGGUCGUUUUGCAAGACAAACAAGAGAAGCAGGAGUAUUUAAGACGUAAAACGCCAAAAGCACACAAAUUCCCAUCCUUGACCGAUCGCACCGGUUUGACCGUUUCGAUGAUACGUCGACAAAUCGGUUGGCCUGAUAAAAACACUCAGAAAGCCAAGCCCGUGAACAUCACGCCUUCUGUUGCUACAGAUGAACUUGAAGAUCUACCCGCAGAUGUUUUCACGCAGCCAAUAAAUUUGCGCAACGUAAGCAAUAUUCAGCAACGCCAUGGCCAACCAUCCGAUCAGCCAUUCACUGUGAAUAAGUUGUAUCCGCAACGCAGAAUUUUAUGGAUUAAACGUUCCUUGCGUUGUCGUCAAUGUGAGCAUAAUGUGAUUAAACCGGAAUACCAUCCCACCUCGGUGAAGUAUCGCAUACAACUGUUCGCAAAUUAUCACGUUCCAGACGUUUUACUCGUACGCAGUGAGGAAGUGUUGCAUGCUGGAAAAUCGAGUUCGAUUAUACUGAAACUUACUAAUCCAACAAUGCAUGACAUGUCAAUAAAAAUAAAGGAAUUACCAACGCUUGCUGAAGAAUUGGAAAUGAUUGAAGAGUUUAAACUCGCUUGCAAAAUUAAAGAAAACACAGCAACAAGCGCAGCUGCCGAAUCGCUGAAAUCAAUAACAAGUUCGCCUUCGUUGACGAGUACCACACUUUCAAGACAAACAUCACUUAUAGAGGAUCCACGUAUUGUUCAGCAAAAGGCAAAUGUCAAAUUAAAUAACAGUGAGUUAAACUUUGUGCUCAAUCAACGCGACGAUUCUACUGAAUUCGACGAAGAUGUACAAACGCCGCGCGAGGAACCAGAAUUUAUUAUCUGGCGUAAAUCGAAUAAGGUCUCAAUACGUCUCCCAUUUACAACUGAUGAAUCAUUGAAAGCUGGCGAUUUGGUGAAAGUGGGUUUCACAAUGGAGUAUACAUAUGUAAAUACGGUGACCAACACACCAACUUCUCAUACGUUGAGUGCACGCGUGUUUAUCGAUGCUGGACAAAUAUUAGGAGAAUAAGUUAAUUGUGAAAUAUUUAUAAUUUUAGAGCAAAUUAUUACGCUACAGAAUGAAUAAUCCCAGUUGUGAGCUUAAUGUCAUUUCAUGAUUUGCUUUGCAAAUAACUUUGCUUUCUUGCAGUAUUUUCAAAAGAAUAACGGAUGCAUUGUAGCCUCUUAUUAGCGAUUAUUUAUGCUAAAUAAAAUGGGUACUAAGCA